AUGUAUGUAACAAGGCUUUUAUCGGAGUAUAGGAAAAACCCGUCGGAGCUUAAGAAGCCUCCACCGGAAGGUCCGAACUCCGGCGUGCUUGUGAUUCAAGACGAAGUAUCACUGACCACUUGUUGCUUUGGAUUAUGCUACGCAGAGUUCCUCAGAGGACUACCGUUUCCGCAGAACGCAGCGUUGGCCGUUAGACGCGACGGUGGUGGUCAUAACAAUAUUGUUCAUCGUGAUCCGGUUACGUUCAUACCCGUUCUUGGUCUACCUCUAUCUUCUAACCGUUAUUACACUUAUGAACGGCGCGGCUAUUAUUCGAGAGAAUCAUCUACUAGUGAUGAAAAAGAGGUGGAGAGAGUCACAUGCUGCUUCUGCAUUAGAUUCAACCACGUUCAUGUGUAUAAGAAGCCACAACCAGAUCCAUACGACAUUCACCAGCAAUUCGUGAUCACAACAAACUCAUCAUAUUCUCGUUGCUACUAUUACGCGAAGCCUGUUGCUCCUAAUGGUUUACUACCUCCGUUCCUUAUGAGACAAGGCUUGACAAUAGAAAACUCGACUUCAACGCUACAAGACUUUGGUCUCGUAGAUGAUGCAAAAGGUCUUAACGUAGAGCUUCGUUCUAAGCUUCCCGGUCUUGAUAUGAACGUUGUGGUGGGGAAAUGGUAUGUUCCUUUCUUGUUUGUCAAGGAAGGAGACAUAAUAGAUCAAGUGAAGAUAUCAAUGUAUUACAACAUGACGCUUCAUCAGAGAUGGGAAGAGGUUUUCUUCUACGAGAAUAAUGCUCACGAUGAAGAUUGUGUUGAGGUUGUUGUUGAUGUUGAUCUUGAAGUUGAAGUAAUUCACGUUGAGGGACAAAAGGUUGAUAUAGAAACAACAAUUGUGGAUGCUAAAGGGAUUGUUUGGUUUAAAGUUGUAGAUCAUGAAGGCCAAGACAAGAAGAUAGGGUUAAGGUCUGUGGUUGUGGAGAGGAUGGAAAGCGAAGAGGAGAUUUUUGGGUGGAAGAAGAUAGAUGGAAACCGAGUGACGGUUAAGAGAUUUGAUCGUUUCAAAGGCGGUUCGUCGAGUUGGAAGAGUUAUAAAUGUUUUGUAUUGGUAGAGAGGUUUGAGUUGAAGAGAAUGGAUGAGAGUUUGGUGUUGACAUAUGAGUUUAGACAUGCUGAUAAGCUGAGGACCAUCCAGUACUGA